AUGGCUCGAAAGACUUCCUUGAAGGAUUAUCCACAGCAUUCAUAUUUUGUCAACACGAGUUAUGAGGAAGGAGAUAUAUCUUAUGAUUUGAAUGCAAUCUUAAUGUGGAAAGAAAGCAUUGAUCUCUCUAGCAACAACUUCUCAGGAGAAAUUCCAGCAGAAAUAGAGGAUUUGUUUGAAUUGAUUUCAUUGAAUUUAUCAAGAAACAAUUUGAGAGGACAAAUUCCUUCAAAUAUUGGAAAGCUUGCAUCACUUGAAUUUCUUGACUUAUCAAGAAACCAAAUUGUUGGUUCAAUUCCUUGGAGUCUUACUCAAAUUGAUCGACUCAGCAUGUUAGAUUUGUCGCAUAACCAUCUAAGUGGAGCAAUUCCAACUGGUACACAAUUACAAAGUUUCAAUGCUUCCAGUUAUGAAGAUAAUUUUGAUCUUUGUGGGGCGCCACUUGAGAAACUGUGUGUUGAAGGGGAACCACCGCAAGAACCAAUUCAAGAAAAAGAUGAUUCGCUCUUCACUCGUGGAUUUUACAUUAGCACGACAUUUGGAUUUGUUAUAGGCUUUUGGGGAUCUUUGGGUCAAUCUUGA